AUGGACCCAGCUAAGAAACGGUGUCUCCGUACCCGUCGACCCAGUGAUUCUUCCGAAUCUGAGGGAGAGAAAACCAAUGAUUCAAAUGAGCUUGUGCAGCAAGAGGACAGUACGCAUGUAGUUGAAGCCAUAAGGGAAUUACAGAAGGUCCGUAAGCGACCUCCUGGUAUCAGUCUCUCUGCUUUGAGUACUGGAAAAGCAGCUCCAGAAGAGACAAUCAUCGUUAGCGACCCCUUUAAGUUGAAAACGGGUGGAUUGGUGGAGAUCAGGAACGCGAUCAGGUCGAAGAAAACUGAAGAGGAGGAUGAUGUUGAAGCUCGUUUGGCUAAAACCUUCGCGACAGAGACUAACAAACGAGAUGAAGAUGCCGAAAUGAUUAAGUAUAUCGAAGAAGAAAUCGCUCGGCGGAAAGGAUUGCGACGUACUCCAUCCCCAGAAUCUAAUGCUGGUGCAGACCUCCUUCGCGAUGUACCGGAAUACUUGAGACCGGUUAUCGGUCAACAAAAGGAGGAUAUGUUAUCCAAUCAAAUGCUUUGUGGGAUCCCGGAAGUUGACUUGGGUGUGGAUGCGAAAAUGCGCAACAUUGAGGCAACGGAGGAGGCCAAACAAACUUUGCUCAAGCACCGUUUCAACCGUGGCUACGGAAUGGCGUCUGAUGGCCUGGCCCCAACUAAUGUGGCUGUCAACUUCGUUCAGCACAGUCGAUGGAAUAGUCACAACGCGACGACAACCUUUUCAUCUGGCGACUACACACGAGACCUUCUGAAUAUUGCUUCGAAGGCCAAUCCUCACAAGACGGACAUUGUCCAACAGCAGACAACUGGGCUUGAUGCGGAACGUGAACGUUUGGGUGCCGAACGAUCGACCGACAGUCUUGUAUUACAGCGUUUUAAGUCACACAUGCGCGGGCGCAAGCGACGGUGACGGACUCUUCCAUCCUGGCUCUUGAGAACUGCUUUCCUAACCGAUGUACAUAAAUUCCCCCGUCCCUGUGUGGUUGUCUGACUGUUGUGACCUCCAGAUCCCAACUCCACCCUAUUUCCCGUGUACAAAAUUUUUCCGUUUAUCCAUGCUUUCAAACGAGCCACACAGCUGUUGCAACUGGUGUAAACUCUGUACGCCAAGCCAUCUGUCUUUCUGGACACCUAGGUUUUAAGAGAACUUUGUAUGAGUUUUUAAACACCUAAAAUCACUUUCCCUUCAUGCUUUUCUGCCAAUUCGCUAAUCUCAGUUGUCAGUUCUCUUGCAAUAAUUAACGAAGUGGAGGCACUUAUUUGAUGGUUUUGAUGUAUCCUUCAUUCACGUAGCUUGUUAUGUAACUUCAUUGGGAUCACCAGUUACCGGUGAUGAUUGUU